CGCAAAAUUUAUCGCCCAAUGCACCGACAUAUUUUUUUUUACAUCACUACCUUGAACUGUACUAGCGUGCGCGUAUUUUACAAUUACAAAUUGAGAAGGCAACUUGAUUUUCGGCAAACAAAAAGGUGAAGAAGAAGAGCGGAGCCAAGCAAAACGAGUGAGCGUGUGUGCGUGAGAGAGAGCAUUUUGCGCGUGUGUGUGUGUGAGGGGACGCGAAGAAACAAGGAUUUUUAUAUUCGCUUGCUAAUUCCCGUACAGAAAUGGAAGAAGUUACGGUAAAGAAGCGCGGCCGACCGGCAAAGACACCUGCCGGUGGUAAAUCUUCAACAGCGGCGGUGGCAGCAGCUUCGCCAGGCAUCAAAAAGCGCGGUCGUCCCGCCAAGAACAAGGGCUCCAGUGGCGGCGGUGGACAGCGGGGUCGCCCACCCAAGGCGUCCAAAAUCCAAAAUGACGAAGAUCCCGAAGACGAGGGGGAGGAGGAGGGCGAAGGCGAUGGCUCCGGCGCUGAGCUUGCAAACAACUCAUCCCCAUCGCCGACAAAGGGCAGGGGACGGCCCAAGAGCAGUGGUGUCGCCGGAUCAGGAUCCGGGGAUUCGGUCAAGACGCCCGGUUCCGCCAAGAAGCGCAAAGCCGGCAGGCCCAAGAAGCACCAGCCCAGCGAUAGCGAGAAUGAAGACGAGCAGGAUGAGGACGACGAUGGCAACAGCAGCAUCGAAGAACGUCGACCGGUGGGCCGACCAUCGGCUGGAUCCGUCAACCUGAACAUAUCGCGCACGGGACGCGGCCUGGGAAGACCCAAGAAGCGGGCUGUCGAGUCCAAUGGCGAUGGGGAGCCACAAGUGCCCAAGAAACGCGGUCGUCCGCCACAGAACAAGUCGGGUAGCGGCGGCAGUACUGGCUACGUUCCCACCGGCCGUCCGCGCGGUCGUCCAAAGGCCAAUGCUGCACCCGUCGAGAAGCACGAGGACAAUGACGAUGAUCAGGAUGAUAACUCCGGGGAGGAGGAGCACAGCUCGCCUGAGAAGACGGUAGUGAUGCCGAAGAAACGUGGACGUCCCUCUCUUGGCGCCGGCAAGGUGACCAAAGAGGAAACAUCGAAGCCCCGUGGACGCCCAGCGAAAAAUAUUGAUGACGAUGCAGAUGAUGCUGAUUCCGCCGACCAGGACGAACCCAACUCAAAGAAAGAGGCGAACGACGAGGACCGUACCGAGGAUGGGACACCAACCAAAGGAGUUGGCCUCAAAUGGAACUCCGAUGGCGAAAAUGAUGCCAACGACGAUUAUGUUUCGGAUAACUACAACGAUUCCGAAUCGGUAGCUGCCUAAAACAUACAAUUUAUAAACAUUUCCACACACCCCUUCCCAAAAAUCAACACAAAAAAAGAAUGUUGAAAAAACAAAAAAAAACGAAAAAGAUCUUCAAGAGACGAAAACACAAAAAUGGAUAGGACCUACUUGGACUUUAGAGAACCUUCCCCUCCCAAAACAACACACUUUAUCUACAUACAUAUUCCGAUUCAUUGCUAAGAAAUCGGACAAGCCGUUUACCACAGCACUGCACUGUAAUGACGAUACAUAGCUCGGAAAACGAUUUCAACUUGGAUUGGAAUUACCAAAUAAAUAACACAUAAAAAACAUA